AUGAAAUAUGUUGGCGCUGGAUCUGUUGCUACGUCACUCGUCUGGGGCUCGUUGUCUUAUGCUGUUUUAGCACAAAACGGGAGUCUUGUCCCUUUCGUAUUUCAGCCACUCCCUCUUGGUUCUUCUUCACCGCAAGGAUGGAUCAAGGACCAAUUACAGCUGAUGAGUGACGGACUCGCUGGACAUGAAAUGGAUUUUUACGCACAGGUGUCGGAUAGCGUGUGGCUCGGGGGCGGUACAAGCUAUAGCGCCCUGAACGAAGGAUUUGGAUAUUGGUAUAACGGGUUGGUGCCUCUUGCAUAUGGGCUGGGCGACCAACGGCUUCAGGAACAGGUCCUAAAUGCAACAAACUACAUUCUGACCCAUCAAGGGGCAGAUGGGUGGCUUGGACCUGAACCAGAAGGCGAUUCUCGCAACAUCUGGGGUCGUAUGCCUGUCUGCCUGGCGUUGAUCCAACUCGCUGAAGCACUGAACGGGACAGAUGUGCAAACGCAGACUUCAGUGCUGGAUGGAUUGCAUCGCUAUGUUAAUUUAAUGCAUGAUAUGCUUGCAAAUAACUACACCGGAUACAUCACCGGGGGGGAUACUCAAUGGGGUCUUGCCCGCGCUCACGAUAUGAUGAUUAGUCUGCAGUGGCUUGUCGAACAUGAUCCACGGAAUGACACCGAAAUACUCUUCGAAAGCAUGCAGUACUUACUGGAAAAAGCCUUUGACUGGAGUCAAUGGUAUACCAACGAUGAUUAUAUUUUCGGAGAUCUAGAUUAUGCGGACCAAACAUACGUUCAGGGCAAUUACCCUUUUGAGCACGGAGUCAACGUCGGCCAAGGCCUUAAAGCUAGUGCGGUGAUCCGUCGAUUCACUGGAAACGACUCUCUCAUCGAUUCUAGUUAUACAGCCGUCAAUUGGACAUUUACCUACCAUGGCACCCCAUCUGGAUCUGUUAUUGGCGAUGAACGGGAAUCUGGCCUAAGCCCCACUCGCGGGACUGAGCUGUGCACGGUUGUUGAGACGAUGUACUCUCUUUCAUAUCUUUACCAAGCUGUUGGUGAUGGCUAUUACGCUGAUCGCUGCGAACGAGCUGCAUUCAAUGCGCUGCCUAUAAUGCUAUCUCCGGACUGGUGGGCUCAUCAAUAUAUUGACCAGACCAACCAGCCAGUAGUCGAUAAUCUUGAUGUCACACAUUUCUAUAACACCAACAGCAUGAGCCAAACUUAUUCUAUUGCACCAGACUUCCCAUGUUGUGCAGUGAAUCAUCCCCAAGGAUAUCCUAAGUUUGUUUCCAACCAAUGGGUCGGCGUGGGUAGUAACGGCGUUGCUCACGCCUUGCUCGGCCCAGGAUCAGUCAACAUCACAACCAGCUCGGGUACUGAGGUCAAUAUUGUUAGCGAUACUCUUUAUCCCUUUUCAUACAACCUGAAAUAUACCGUACAGAGUAGCGGAGAUUUCGAUUUCUAUACAAGAGUUCCCACAUGGGCGGAUCAGUCAACUGUGAUAACUGUCAACAAUGGAUCAGCAACUGCCGUGCAACCAGGCACUACCUCUGGCUUGCAGCACAUUCCUCUUACCGCCGGUGAUAACACAAUUACAUAUAGCAUUUCAACUGACAUCCGGAUCGAAGCUCGCCAAAACGAUACCAUUGCCAUCUACCACGGAAAUUUGCUCUAUACACUACCAGUUAGUGGCGACAUGGUCAAGACUCCAAUCAGCAUACCUGAUGCUCCGUUCCCACCCGCAGAAGCUUUGCAGUACACUUAUACUCCAACAUCGGCCUGGAACCUAGCAAUUGACCCAACGACGCUAUCUUUUAAUAUGACCUCAGUGGACUCCCUGCCCAACCCUAUUUGGGAUGCCUGGCAGCCUCCAGUGGAGAUCACUGCGACUGCGUGUCCCAUUAACUGGUCUACGGAACAAAACUGGACAGAUGAUCCGCCCUCUGUGGAUCAGCGUACAUGUGCCGGUGAUAGUUACCAAGUCCGCCUUGUGCCGUAUGCUAGCAGUCGCCUCCACAUGGCCGAACUUCCUACCGUGAAUUUGGCGUAA